UAUAGAAGAGGUUCCCCCUGAGCAACAGCAGUGGGGCCCACUUGUGGACCAGGAAGACCCAGAGCCCCCCCCACAUUAAAGAGGAACCGUGGACCAAUCAGGAUGGACAGCAGCUUCAAGGACUUGAGGGGGCUGAUAUCCAGUUCACAUUGACUCCUGUCGCUGUAAAGAGUGAAGAAGAUGAAGAGAAACUUAAAUCGUCAAAGCUUCAUCUGAGUGAGAUAAAGGAGAACAGAGCGGACUGUGGGGGACCAGAACCAGCCAGGAACUCAGGUACUGAUGGACGCUUACAACCAGGUCUUGAGGACAAGACUGAAGACUCUUCUGAGACUGAAGACAGUGGUGAUGAUUGGAUGGAGACAUGGGAACCUCAGUCUGGUUUAAAUAGAAAAAUAAAUAACAAACAGCCUCUAAGUGAUAUGGGAUGUAAGACAGAAAAAAAAUCGUUUAGUUGCUCUGAGUGUGGUAAAAGAUUAAGAAGUAAGUACGAUUUAACAAGACAUAUGAGGAGUCAUACAGGAGAAAAACCUUUUAGUUGCUCAGAGUGUGGUAAAAAGUUUAGCCAAAGGACCAAUCUAAAUACACAUAUGAGGAGUCAUACCGGAGAGAAACCGUUUAGUUGCUCUGAGUGUGGUAAAAGAUUUAGGAGUAAGUCCGAUUUAACGAGACAUAUAACGAGUCAUAAAGGAGAGAAAAAGUUUAGUUGCUCUGAGUGUGGUAAAAGAUUGAGCAGUAAGUUCGAUUUAACGAGACACAUGAGGAGUCAUACAGGAGAGAAACCUUUUAGUUGCUCUGAGUGUGGUAAAAGAUUUAGCCAAAAGAGCCAUCUAAAUAAACAUAUGAGGAGUCAUACAGGAGAGAAACCGUUUAGUUGUUCUGAGUGUGGUAAAAUAUUUAGCCAUAGGAGUGAUCUAAAUAGGCAUAUGAGGAGUCAUACAGGAGAGAAACCGUUUAGUUGAUCUGAGUGUGGUGAAAGAUUUAAGAUCCAGUCCUAUUGUACGAGACGUGAGGAUUCAUAA